AUGGAUCAAAACCUUGAAAGCACAUUCACUGAGUCCUCUCCAGUGAUACAAGAUAUUUUAAGCCCGUUACCUGAGUCCACUCCUAUGGAUCAGGAUUUUCAAUGCCCUAUUAUUAAAGAAGUAGUUUUGCCUUCUGAAGGAGCUCAAGCUUCUGGAGGCUCUUUUGAAGCCCCUGAGUCGGAUAUUUCCAAAGGCAAAAGCAAGUUACCUGAGAUUGAAUUUGACAUUCGAAUCAGUAAGCUUGAAAAGGAGAACUACAUUAAAGAUGCAAAUAUUUCAGAACUUCAAGCAAAUCUUGGUGGUCUAACUGCUCUUUUCUUUGACCUGAAACAACAGUUACAUCUAAAGUUUGGUGAUGAAUUUCAACCUUUGAGCGCUAAGGGAGAAAAGAUUUAUGCUUCUAGUUCAGGUGCUGCCAAUCCAACUUCUCAGUCUUCAAGUGAGAGAGCUGUAAGACCUGCUCCAUAUCAGAAUCUUGAUAUAUUUUUUUAUCUUCUGGUCUUGCUUCUACUCAAGAAAGAAGAGAGAAGCAAAUUAAGGGAAACUAAGAAGAAAUACAUAGAUAAAUAUGGGGAUGGUUUCGGUAUCAUCAUGUGGGGUAAUGAUUCUAAUAAAAGGAUGUGGGUCGUGAAGCGAAAAAGUGGAAGAAUUGAAUACUAUGAGAAGAAAGUUGAUUUCUUGUCCGGGAGAAAAGUUGAUCUUUCCAAACUCAUCCACACACCCUUCCACAAUCCAACCAAUGAUACCAUGGCCUAG